ACAUUUUCAAGCUCUGAAACCUUCACAAUGUUAAAAAUGUCGAUCCUCUUAGCUCUUCUUUUCUUCCUUUGUUCAUCUGUUUUAUGUCAAGAACCUUUGCAUAUUUUGACUCUGAAUCGCCAUGAUUCGUCGUAUAUGGAUCCAGUUCAAACAAUUGGGGUUUCUGUGGAGGAAGAAAAGCUUAAUCAGGUUUCAAAUAGCAUUUUAAUGGCGGAAAAUUGGCUAAGGACUCAUGUGUUAUCUCGUUAUCCAUCUAGUAAUAUAAACUCCAUUGUUGUUGCUAACGAUCCUCUUUGUAAUGAGAAAAUCAGAAAUCGAGAAGAGCUCGUUAGGUUAACUCUGGAUGCAAUGAAGAACAUGUAUUAUUCUCUCACUAGAUGGGGUUUACAGAGAGAAAUUAAAGUCUCUGUUUCUCUCUCUUUCAAUUGUUUACGCCAAUCACACCUUCAGAAUGUUUUCAGCUUCUUAGAGGAUAUCAACUCAACUUACACCAUAAACACACCUCAAUUUUCUGAUCAAACUCUUAGAUUGUUGACUUCUGAGCUGAAAUCGAUGAAUGAUUUGGGCGUUUUUCAAUCGGAAACAGUAAAUGUCAUCUUCCCCAUGUCAAAACAAGCAAAACCCACAUCGAGAAAGCUUCAAUUCCUCGACCCUUUGUGGUUCCCACCAACUCCGCCAUCACAGGCGGUAGAAUUCCCACCGGCGACGUUUACUCUACCCUUUCCACCAGAAACUCAGCCUCCAACGAUGGCUCCGGCGAGCAGCCCCUCUCCACAUCACAUGUUCAAUCUUCCACCCUGUAACCCAUACCCUCAUUUCUACCGCGCUGCUCCACCCAUAGUCGGCAAUGGUGGUGGACGAAUGGCUGCGCCACCCACUGCGGGUAAAUCAAUGGCUGCACCACCAGCGUCAGGCGGUGGUUAUGGGCAAGAAGGAAUGUGGUGUGUGGCAAAGCCUAGUGUACCAUCGGAAAAGUUGCAGGUGGCGAUGGAUUACGCUUGCGGAGCAGGAGGUGCUGAUUGUGAUCCGAUCAAGCCAAAUGGGAGCUGUUAUUCGCCGGAUUCUGUUGUUGCUCAUGCAUCUUAUGCUUUCAAUAGUUAUUGGCAGAAGAACAAGAAAAAUGGUGGAAUUUGUGGCUUUGAAGGAACUGCUAUGCUCAUUACUUCUGAUCCAAGUUUUCUUCGUUGUCAUUUCAUGCUCGACUGAGUUUAGGAUUUUGCCAUAUUGGAUGAAGCUGCUUGAUUUUUGGGCGAGUUUUGCAAUCCAUUGGAAUAAUUUUUAUUUUACGUUCCUUUUGUAACAUAUUUAUAAUCUAUUAAAUUUUAUAAUAAUUUGAUUAAGUAUCGGGAUAUCGGGCUUUUAUGCUAUUUGUGAAUAACAAUAAACAACUUUCCAU